AUGGUCGCGAAAGCGAAUGAAGACUUGUUGAAAGAGAGAAAAAAAUGUGAUUUCAAUGUUCUUGAGUUGACUAAUUACUUAGAUGGAGGACGAAAAGCAACGGAAGAUAGGAGAAAGUUGGAGGUGAAAGUGUUAAAAACAAAAGGGCUACAAGAUGACAUACCUGAAGAAUAUCUAAGCCACAAAGAGAAGUAUGAAAACGCGAUCCGCAAAGCUGUUACGUAUUACCGAGUUAUAAAAGAGACUGCUGAUCCAAACCAGAGUGAUGAAGAGAGAGCUAUGUCCAGUUAUCGCAGCUUACUCCCAAAUGCGGUCUUCAAAGACAUGAGCCCUUUUAGACUGCACUAUAGCAUGUUCAUGCCAGCUAUAAUCGGGCAGGCUGACGAGGAGCAGAAAAAGUAUUGGCUAAAGAGGGCGGUGAAUUUCGAGAUUAUUGGAACUUACGCUCAGACGGAGCUCGGUCACGGCACUUUCAUACGUGGUUUAGAAACGAGAGCCACUUAUGAUCCUAAAACAGAAGAAUUUGUACUCCACAGUCCUACUCUUACUUCUUAUAAAUGGUGGCCUGGUAGCUUGGCUCAUACAGCAAACUACUGCGUGGUGAUGGCACACCUCUAUAUAAAAGGAAAGAGUUGUGGUAUUCAGCCUUUCAUGGUUCAGCUCAGAGACGAAGAAACUCACCUCCCCCUUCCAGGUAUCAAACUUGGAGAAAUUGGUGCCAAACUUGGUUUUAAUACUGUCAAUAAUGGAUUUCUGGGUUUUGAACAUCAUAGGAUAAAACGAGACAGAAUGUUGAUGAAGAAUAGCCAGGUUUUAAAGGACGGUACGUUUAUAAAAUCUCCAAACAACAAGCUGGCUUACGGCACCAUGGUGUACGUGAGAGUAAUUAUUGUUUAUGGCAUGUCAAACCAAUUGGCUAGAUCGGCCACCAUUGCAGUUAGAUACUCCGCGGUUAGAAGACAAUCCCCACUGAAACCUGAUGAACCAGAACCCCAGAUACUGGACUACGUAACCCAGCAACACAAGCUGUUCAUCGCUAUAGCAUCUAGUCACGCGAUCCGUUUAAUUGCACAGUGGUUGUGGGACUUGUAUACGAAAGUUAACAACGAUCUAAAAAUUGGAAACGCGAGUGAUUUACCUGAGUUGCAUGCCUUAGCGUGUUGCCUAAAAGCUGUUACAACAGCAGAUACUGCAACCAUGGUGGAACGAUGUCGCAUGUCUUGCGGGGGUCACGGCUACAUGCUAUCAUCGAACCUGCCUCAGAUAUAUGGAAUGGUCACUGCAGCCUGCACCUACGAGGGAGAAAACACCGUGCUUAUGCUGCAGACUGCUAGAUCACUAGUAAAAGCAUGGGAUUGGGCCGCUACAGGCAUGCCUUUAGGCCCAACCAUGUCAUAUUUAAAGGACAAAAAUACAGGUCUAGAGCGUUGGGAAAACACAAUCGACGGAAUAAUAAGAGGCUUUCGAAAAGUUGCUGUGGGAAAAAUAUCAUCAGCUGUCUCCAGUCUGAAGAAAUAUACAAAACGAGGCUUGUCUCCAGAAGAUGCAUGGAAUAUGUCAUCUGUUCAACUUGUCUCAGCUGCAGAGGCUCAUUGCCGUGCUGUCAUUCUAUCAACUUACAAGUCUGAGGUAGAAAAGACUACAACUUCGUUAUCGGAACCUUUGAGGAGAGUACUUCAUCAGUUGGUGGAACUCUAUUGCAUAUACUGGGCACUGGAGAAACUAGGAGAUUUGUUACUGUUCACGUCAAUAUCCGAACGAGACGUGCAGCAGUUGCAAAGCACUUAUGAAGGAUUACUGGGGAAGAUCAGACCAAAUGCUGUAGGUCUAGUGGAUGCCUUCGACUUUAGAGAUGAGAUUCUAAACUCGACUCUCGGAGUUUCUGACGGUCGUGUCUACGAGCGUCUCAUGGAAGAAGCCCUAAAGAGCCCUUUGAACGCUGAACCAUUCACGUCAAUAUCCGAACGAGACGUGCAGCAGUUGCAAAGCACUUAUGAAGGAUUACUGGGGAAGAUCAGACCAAAUGCUGUAGGUCUAGUGGAUGCCUUCGACUUCAGAGAUGAGAUUCUAAACUCGACUCUCGGAGUUUCUGACGGUCGUGUCUACGAGCGUCUCAUGGAAGAAGCCCUAAAGAGCCCUUUGAACGCUGAACCAGUUAACCAAAGCUUUCACAAAUAUCUUAAGCCCUUCAUGCAGGGAAAACUAUAA